AUGCUGAACUCUUCAAUAGCGUGGGAAUUGGCACCAACGUUGCGACUCUGUCAAAUCUGUCGGAAGCGCUGCGAUCAGCCGUCCGCCCUGCGAUGCACAGCAUGUCGUCUUAGUUAUCAUCAGGGUUGUUGCAAGUCGCCACCGUCACGUGAAUGGUUUUGUCCUGCUUGUGUUGAGACGUCGACGCAAGUGCCAACAUGCCUCCCUUGUCGGAAAUGUUACCAUUUCUUCCAUGCGGAAUGUGUAGCCGAUGUCUCUUACGAGUACGAUUUCAUGUGUCGUGGAUGUGAUCCAAAGCUGUUUGAACGCCGAGUGAUUGCCCAUGGUGAAAGCGACGAUCUCGUUGAAGCGGAUGAUUCGGCCGAUCCGUCGGACCAUCAUCACCAUCAUCAUCCCCAUCAGAACCACUCGCAUCACCCUGUACAAAACAAAGACUCGCGAAAAGCUCUGAAACGGAAAGCUGAUGCUCCGCCUCCGAUUGUGUUCCCCACGGACAUGAACAACGACUUGUGCAGAGCAAUGCUGGACGAACUGGAGUGCCAGCCUGGUGUCGGUCCAUUCUUGGAGCCAGUUGAUCUCGAUUUAGUGCCUGGAUAUCGGGAUGUGAUUGCGAAUCCCAUUGAUAUGGCAUCAAUUAGGACGAUUGAAAGCCCAACACCAGAAGAUUUUGCUGCUGAUAUGGAGCUGAUGUUCAGUAAUUGUCGCACGUUCAAUGAGGACGAUUCCCGUCGGUCGCAUGGCCGGUGCAAAUCUGUCAUAAAUAUCCCAUUAAACGUUGGCGUCACAAAAUCAACUCAGUAA